GGGGCUGUUUCUUUAAGAGAAGACUCGACCCUCCCCACGUGACAGGGUUUGCAAUGAGGCAAUUGACAAUGUUACUUUCACUUCCCCCGGGCGAACGCUGCGAGCCGAGCGCAGGUUUAUCGAUUCGGAAUAAAAUCACAUUUCUUGUAACACCGUUUUACGGAAAAGCCACGAGACAAAACCGCGUCUCUUUGAUCGCCAGAAUUAGCUGCGCAACAUGUGUGAGAAACGGGACCAGUCAAUGACCAUGUAACUGCCCCAGCCAAAGGGGUGAAGUCUGGCCACACCCAGGAGAUUUUAAACUUCCCAGAAGAUCCAACCAGAUCAAGUUACAGUGAAGAUGAAGUAUCAGAAGGGGUUGCCGUGUUAGUCUGGUUCUGUAAAAGCAGCAAAGAAUCCUGUGGCACCUUAUAGACUAACAGACGUUUUUGCAGCAUGAGCUUUCGUGGGUGAAUACCCACUUCUUCGGAUGCAAGUGAAGAUGAAGCUGCUUUCAUUCUGUCCUAGCUCUGCAGUGAGCACCUCUAUGCCUGAUUUGAUCAUUUUCUUCAUUAUUUAUCACAUUCACAAGUUGGAAUCAGCCCAGUUCAAUGUGACCGGUCCUGGUCACCCUGUCACUGCUGUUGUGGGUGAGGCCACUGUGUUACCCUGUCACCUGUCCCCCAGGAUGAGCGCUGAGAACAUGGAGGUGAGAUGGUUCCGAUCUGAUUUCCUUUCAUUUGUGCACCUGUAUCAGCAUGGGAAGGAUCAAUACGGGAACCAGAUGCCAGACUAUCGUGGAAGGACAGAGCUUUUGAAAGCUGGCAUCACGGAUGGGAAUGUUUCCUUGCAGAUUCUUAAUAUCAGACGCUCAGAUGAAGGACAAUACAACUGUUUUGUUCAAGAUGGUUCUUUUUAUGAAGAAGCCCCAGUGGAACUGAAGAUAGCAGCUUUGGGCUCCAAUCCUCUCAUCUCUGUGGAGAGCCACCAGGAUGGAGGGAUCCGGGUGGUUUGUCAAUCGGCUGGGUGGUACCCAGAGCCCAAGGUGCUAUGGAGAGAUCCCAGUGGGCAAGAAUUACCAUCACUCUCUGAAGCAAAAUCCCUAGGGGAUAGUGGCCUGUUUGAAACAGAAAAUUCUAUUAUUGUAAAAGAACGUUCAAACCAGAACCUGUCCUGUUGGAUCAGGAACACCUUUCUCAAUCAAGAAAAGGAAUCAACAGUUUAUAUAGCAGAUUUCUUUUUCCCAAGGGUGAAUCCAUGGAUGGUGGCUCUGAGUGUGAUUCUCCUGGUUUUGUUUGGUUUCAUUGGCCUCACUCUUUAUCUAUUUAAAAUAAAAGGGAAACAUCUUGGAGAAAUCAGGAAACGUGAUACAGAAAUCAGGAAACAUCUUGGAGAAAUCAGGAAACGUGAUACAGAAAUCGAUGAUCUUCAAAGAGAACUCAACUGGAGAAGAAAUGUCGUCUGCCCAGGGCUGGGAAGUUCUGCGCCACCUGUACAGGAAGCGAAUGUGACUCUGGAUCCAGACACGGCUCAUCCCCACCUCGUCCUGUCUGAGGAUUGGAAAAGUGUGAGAUGGGGUGACACACGGCAGGAUCUGCCCGACACCCCUGAGAGAUUUGACACUGAGCCCUGUGUGCUGGGCUGUGAGGGAUUCACCUCGGGGAGACAUUGCUGGGAGGUGGAGCUGGAAAUGGGAUCUGGGCAAUGCUGGGCUGUGGGGGUGGCCAGAGAGUCUGGGGGGAGGAAGGGAGGGAUCAGCCUCAGCCCUGAGGGGGGGAUCUGGGCUGUGGAGUGGGACUGGGAUCAUUUCCAGGCUCUCACCUCCCCUGAGACCCCCCUGCCCCUGAGCCGGGUCCCCAGCAGGAUCCAGGUUUGUCUGGACUGUGACCGGGGGCAGGUGACAUUUAUCGAUGCUGGUGACGAGGCCCCGAUCUUCACUUUCCCGCCGGGCUCCGUCCCUGGGGAGAGAAUCCGACCCUGGCUCUGGGUGUGGAAAUCCCAGCUCAGCCUGUGUCCCUGAGACAGGCAGCAGAGGCAGAAACCGAAAAUCAACCUCUCUAGCCUCAUGGACCCAAGUCUCUAUGACCUUGGAGGACUCCCGUCUACCCAGCCCCUGGCUCCUCAUCUCUAUGGCUGUUGGAAGCACCUCCCGCUCCCUCUCUGCAGCCUCAGGGAUGGGGAGAGGAGGGGGAAGAACCCCUGGGGCUACAGGAGG